GGAUCCGGAAAUGACCAAAAGACGCCGGAAGUUUACUCGUUUCCAAGGCGACGGCUCCGCCGCCACUCCCUCCGGGUGGCUGGGGUUGGGGCACUGGAAAGCAAUUUGGAGGACAGGAUACCCCUCGACUGCGGCCGCCGCCACAGCGACUCGUCGGGAACUGUAAACGAAGACGGCGGCCGCCACAUUAGCCACUGCGCGUGGAAGAUAAACUGCCAGCACUGUCAUCUCGGGGCUGAGUCCUGGGAAAGAGUUAGGGAAGACCACGGAUAUUUUCGCAGUUGGAACAGUGAAGGAAAACUUGAACACGGCGACCGCCGUUGCAGGGUUUCCCCAGAAAGAGUAAGUGAAAACAUCGGUUUCUUCCGCAGGGACUCAAGAACUCCAGUCUGUGAAAACGUAGGCCACCCCUGCCGUGAAUCUCACGUGAGAGUCUGGGGAGAUGGUGGCCACCAUCACAGCGGAUCUUGGGUGAGGGUGAGGGGAGACCGCGGCUUCUGUAGCAGUGACGUGGAUUUAAGUGAAGUCGGUGGCCCACAAACUAGCGACUCCGGGGAAACAGUCAGAGAAGACCUCGUCUUGCGACCCUCUGGCACUUGGGAAGGAGUCAUUGAAGUCCAAGGCACCUCAACCAGUGACUGCGCGGACAGGGUCGGUGACGACCGCAGCUGCCGCCUCAGUGGUUCUUGGGAAGGAGACAGUGUCGAUGGCAGCCCCUGCCACAGUAGUUCUUGGGACGGAGUAAGUGAAGACCGUGGCUACGAGGCCAGCGACUCCUCCGGAGUGAGCGUCAUUGUAGACGCCAGCCGCCGCCUCUGUGGCUUCUGGGAGAGGGAGAGUGAAGAAGAAGGUUCUGACUCUUGGGAGAGAGCAAGAAGGGGGAACCGUGGCCCGCGUCCUAGGGACGACGACGAAGACAGCUGCUGUCGUUGCAGUGGCCCAUGGGUUAAUGUGAAUGAAGACAGGCGCAGCAGCAAGGGCCUGGACUCAGCUCUGCUCACCAUGCCUGAGGUGGCCAGUUCAGGCCCCGCCACUUCCUCUAGGGAGACUGCAAAGUCGUGUUCCAGGAAGAAGGUGCAACUUGGUAGCAUCCACGAUGCAGUACGAGCUGGAGAUAUAAAACAGCUUUCAGAGAUAGUGGAAAGAGGAGCCAACAUUAAUGAAGUUGAUGUUCUCCAUAAAUUUACUCCUUUACACUGGGCAGCACAUUCUGGAAGUUUAGAGUGUCUUCAUUGGCUGCUCUGGCAUGGAGCUGAUAUCACACAAGUAACUACAAGAGGAUGGACAGCAGCUCACAUAGCUGCAAUCAGGGGUCAAGAUGCUUGUAUGCAGGCUCUUAUAAUCAACAGAGCAAAUCUGGCAACUCAAGAUGAUCGUGGAUGUACUCCUUUACACCUUGCAGCAACUCAUGGUCAUUCUUUCACUUUACAAACAAUGCUCCGAAGUGGAGUGGAUCCCAGUGUGACUGACAAGAGAGAAUGGAAACCUGUACAUUAUGCAGCCUUUCACGGACGGCUUGGCUGUUUACAGCUUCUCAUCAAAUGGGGAUGUGGUAUUGAAGAUGUGGACUACAAUGGAAAUCUUCCAGUUCACUUAGCAGCCAUGGAAGGCCACCUUCACUGUUUUAAACUCCUACUCAGUAGAAUGAGCAAUGGCGUACAAGCUUUAAAAGCCUUUAACGACAAUGGAGAAAACGUGUUGGACCUGGCCCAGAGGUUCUUUAAGCAAAAUAUUUUACAGUUUAUCCAAGGAGCUGCAUGUGAAGGAAAUAACCCAGAAGAUCAGGAAACUUUAGCAUUUCCAGGUCACGUGGCUGCCUUUAAGGGUGAUUUGGAAAUGCUUAAGAAAUUAUUAGAAGAUGGCAUAAUCAAUUUUAAUGAGCGUGAUGAUAAUGGAUCAACUCCAAUGCAUAAAGCUGCGGGACAAGGCCACCUAGAGUGUUUGCAGUGGUUAAUUAAAAUGGGAGCAGACAAUAAUAUACUCAACAAAGCAGGAGAGAGACCCAGUGAUGUGGCUAAGAGAUUUGCCCAUUUGGCAGCAGUAAAACUAUUAGAAGGGAUACAGAAAUAUGAUCUUGAUGAUGAGAAUGAUAUCGAUGAAAAUGAUAAAAAGUUUUUUCUGAGGCAUGGUGUUGAGGGAAGCACUGAUGCCAAGGAAGACUUAUGUUUGAGUGAGUUGGAUAAAACAGAUGCCAGAAUGAGAGCUUAUAAGAAGAUUGUAGAAUUGAGACACCUCCUGGAAAUUGCUGAGAGCAACUACAAACAUUUGGGUGGGAUCACAGAAGAGGAUCUAAGACAGAAGAAAGCACAACUUGAGUCUGAAAAGAUCAUCAAAGAGCUCCAAGGCCAGCUAGAAUAUGAACGACUUCGUAGAGAAAAAUUAGAAUGUCAACUAGAUGAGUAUCGAGCAGAAGUGGAUGACCUCAGAGAAACAAUAAAGAAAAUUCAGGUCCCUAACUUGGUGGCUAUGGAAGAUGACUCAGGUGAGUCCAGCAAAGAGAAGAGGCAAAUGAAGAAAAAGAUGCCUUCUGGGGGGGUGUUCAUAAGAAGGUACUAACAAGUGAAAUAACUUUAAAUAAAUUUGUUUGAUUUUCCUUUCAUUAAAAAAUUUUUAUUUU